AUGUCGUACCUGAAAGUAACGAUCAGAUGGAACAUCCUCUACAUAUCCCUGGUGCUCCUUUCACUGCCCUUGAUUCAAGGAGUGUCUUCUCAAGAUGUGUCCAGCUGUACAGGGAGAUGUGGGGCAGGGUACUCUAGAGAGCAUGACUGCCAGUGUGAUUUUAACUGUCACCACUACAUGGAGUGCUGCCCUGACUUCAGGAAAGUCUGCACAGUGGGACUCUCCUGCGAAGGACGGUGCUUCGAGGCCUUCGAGAGAGGAAGAGAGUGCGACUGCGAUGCCGACUGCGAGCGCUACGGCAAAUGCUGCCCGGACUACGCCAAGCACUGCAAGGAGGCACACACAGAAAAGCCAAGCCCGGAGACGCCCCCAGAAAACAAAUCAACAUCUAAAAGGUCAUCCACCGAUGAGGAGAAGCCACCAGAGGAAGCCGUGGAAGAUCCUGGCACUGGACUGGAAAACCCAGAGACCACUCCUGCUCCAACUACAGAGGCAGCAGAGACAACCCCUGCAGCCACAGAGCCAGCGGCGACCCAGUCAGAGCCACCCACCACGACACAGGGAGAUGACACCACCCCUGAGGCCACAGAGGAACCAACGACCCAGCCAGAGCCACCCACCACAACACAGGGAGCCCACACCACCCCUGAGGCCACAGAGGAACCAGCCACUGAAGACCUGCCCAGCACAGAGAAGCCCGAAGAUGUGACCCCGGAUGCCACAGAGGAACCAGUGACUGAAGAGGACUCUACCAACAUCCCCCCAACAGAGGACACAACCCCUGAGGCCACUGAGGCUCCAACAACUGAGGCUGAAUCUCCCACCACCCCAAAACCUGAGGAGACAACCCCUGAGGCCACUGAGGCUCCAACAACUGAGGUUGAAUCUCCCACCACUCCCAAAACCGAGGACACAACCCCUGAAGACACAACCCCUGAGGCCACUGAGGCUCCAACAACUGAGGCUGGAUCCCCUACCACCCCAAAACCUGAGGAGACAACUCCAGAAGCCACUGAGGCUCCAACAACUGAGGCUGAAUCUCCCACGACCCUAAAACCUGAGGAGACAACUCCAGAAGCCACUGAGGCUCCAACAACUGAGGCUGAAUCUCCCACCACCCAAAAACCUGAGGAGACAACCCCUGAGGAGACAACCCCUGAGGCCACUGAGGCUCCAACAACUGAGGCUGAAUCUCCCACCACCCCAACUGAGGAGACAACUCCAGAAGCCACUGAGGCUCCAACAACUGAGGCUGAAUCUCCCACCACCCCAAAACCUGAAGACACAACCCCUGAGGCCACUGAGGCACCAACAACUGAGGCUGAAUCACCUACCACCCCAAAAGCUGAGGAGAUGAUUCCAGAGGAAUCAACAACCAAGGCAGACUCCCCCACCACUCCCAAACCUGAGGAGACAACCCCAGAGGCACCAACAACUGAGGCUGAAUCUCCGACCACUCCCAAACCCGAAGAGGCAACUCCAGAAGCCACCGAGGCUCCAACAACUGAGGCUGAAUCUCCCACCACCCCAAAACCUGAGGAGACAACUCCAGAGGAAGCCACAACCAAGGCAGACUCCCCCACCACUCCCAAACCUGAAGAGACAACCCCAGAGGCACCAACAACUGAGGCUGAAUCUCCCACCACCCUAAAACCAGAGAUGAUUCCAGAGGAAGUCACAACCAAGGCAGACUCUCCUACCACCCUCAAACCUGAAGAGACGACCCCAGAGGAGGCAACGACCAAGGCAGACUCUCCUACCACCCCUAAACCUAAAGAGACAACCCCAGAGGAGCCAACAACCAAGGCAGUCUUUCCCACCACCCCAAAACCUGAGGGGACAACUCCAGAGGAUGCCACAACCAAGACAGACUCUCCCACCAGUCCCAAACCCGAAGAGACAACUCCAGAGGAUACCACAACCAAGGCAGUCUCUCCUACCACCCCUAAACCUAAAGAGACAACUCCAGAGGAGCCAACAACCAAGGCAGACUCUCCUACCACCCCUAAACCUAAAGAGACAACUCCAGAGGAGCCAACAACCAAGGCAGACUCUCCUACCACUCCCAAACCUGAAGAGACAACUGCAGAGGAGCCAACAACCAAGGCAGACUCUCCUACUACCCCCAAACCUAAAGAGACAACUCCAGAGGAGCCAACGACAAAGGUAGACUCUCCCUCCACCCCUAAAAGAGAGGAGCCAGUCUCUCUGACCACCCCCGCAGCCCCCAAGGCUGACACCACCGUGGUGCAGACAACAAGCCCUGCUGCAGUGACAGCCACUGCCCCUGGCUCAGCCUCAACUGCUGCUGAGGACACAGCAGCUCCCAGCAGCGCUGCAGCCGCUGCCCCUGGGAAGGACACCCCCACACCUGGAGCGGACACGAUGCUUUCAGAUACCACAGCCGAGAUCAAGGAGGUGACGACGCCCAAGAAAGACAGAACUACUCUGCUUAAAGACAUUUUAACAGCAGCAAUUGGGAAAGACACAGCUACUGUGGCUGUGGUGACAACAGCUAAGCCAGGUGACUCUCCCAAAGGUAUGGAUGACACUCCAGAUGCGGCCAAGCAACCUGUCACAGCAGCAGCUGCAUCAGAAGCAACGACAGCAGCCACAGCUCCCUUGGCCAAGCCCACAGCCACCAAAGCAGAGUCAACUCCUGAACCCAGCAAGGUUGUAACACCCAGUGAAAAAGAGACAAGCACAGAAACGGAGCAGGCUGCAGCAGCUACAGAGAGCACGGGUGCUGCUUGUGUGGUGGUGAUGGCAACAGCUGGCAAAAAAGAGAUGACGACCCCCAAAGAAGUGAGCACCACACCUGCCAGAGAACUGGGACAGGUCACUGAAAAGGCCCCUGGUGCUGACAAAGCAGAGGUAACUACAGUUGCCAAAGAAACCACUACCAGGGAUAAAAAAGACACAAUUGAAGAAAUGUAUCUUGUUUCUAACGGCACAUCCAAGCCCACAAUACAUUUCCAGGAGGUCACUGAGAGCAGAGAGGAGCCUCACCCAACUGAUCCCGAAACCCUGCCAGUGAAAGAACCCGAGAUAAACAAGCCUUUAAUACCAAUUGGGGACCUGCCAAUGUUACCUGGAGAAACACAAGGGAGGAAGGACGACGAGAAGGAUCUGUGCAGCGGGAGGCCGGCGGACAGCAUGGUGGCCCUGCCCAACGGCACCCUGGCCGUCUUCCGAGGUCACUACUACUGGCUGCUGAACGGCCGCAGCCCGCCCAGCACCAACCCCCGCCGCAUCACCGAGGGCUGGGGCAUCCCCUCCCCGAUCGACUCCGUCUUCUCCAGGUGCAACUGCGAUGGCAAGACCUUCUUCAUCAAGGGCCCCCUGUACUGGCGUUUCACUAAUGGAGUUAUGGAUCCAGGCUAUCCCAAACCUCUUGCCAAUGGAUUUGCAGGGCUAAGUGGGAAAAUAGUAGCAACCCUACCCGUGGCAAGAUACAACAACAGACCCGAAUCUGUUUAUUUCAUCAAGAGAGAUGGGAACAUGCAGCAGUACGUGUACAGACAAGAACCAGCCAAGAAGUGUCAGAGGAGAGCACGGAUCACCAUCAGAUACCCAGCUUUUGUGCCAAGAGUUGUCAUCCGGAGGCGCUUCCAGCGUGCCGUGAGAAUGCCGACCAUCAUCCGGACCGUCAGAGUCAACCCGCACCCCUCUGGAGUUCUGCGAAAGGAAAUCCAAAUGACAACCUACUGGAGAGGCCUCCCCAAAGUUAUCCACUCAACUCUUUCCAUCCCCAACCACAACAAGCCCGAUGGCUACGAUUACUAUGCCUUCUCUUACAAUCGGUACUACAGUUUGGAUAUUGGCAAAAGAAUAGCAAGACCUGUUACUGCUCUCACAGGAAAGACUGUAUCCAAAGACUGGUACAACUGUCCCAGCAAGUGAUGCACGGCAGAGGGUUUUAAAAGAGAGAUGCCAUUUGAAU